AUGGCCACCAAACCAAUCAAAGAUGUCGUCUCGGUCGCAAAGAAACACACUCAGCAAAGCGUUGGAAUCUUCGAAAUCAUCCGCAAAUUCUUCGCCGUCGACCCUAACCGAAGUAACGGUGUCCCAGUAAAACACUUCAGAAAUCCACCUCCUGGUGGCCUCGAUCCCAAGUCAUACGAUGAAGCAGUAACCGUUCCGGCUGCCGACAUUGCGGAUAAUCCAUAUUGGAAAAGAGACAUGCGGAGAAGCUACCCGAAACUGAGCACCGUAACGCAGGGCGAUGCCGUGAGCUUGUUGACUGUGGGAAGUGCUGCAAACCCCAGCCCAAAGUUACUGGCCGGGGAAGAGGGGACAAAACAAUUAAUUGCUGUGAAACAAGAGGGUGAGAAAGGACUGGCGGCAUACUUUGAAUCGGAGAAAGGGACAGCAGUGCUUGGGGAGAAUGGUCUGCCUCCCAUGCCAGUGGCUUUCGGGAAGAAACCAGAGGUGACAUAUGAAGUAGGACCAACGAGUUAUGGAGAAGAUUAUCCCUGCCGAAGCUUUGUCUAG